GCGCGCAAAGAAGUGAGAGCUGUGAUGUCGCAGCAGAUGUUGCUUCUUCGUGCUCGGGAACAAGAACUCCUUGAUGAGUUAGAUGUUAUAAUGAACCAUAAGGAAAGCAAAUUGGAGCUACAACAGCAAUCGUUGUACAGGAAUAUCUGGGAGUGUAAGCAAGCACUGGAGAAAAUUCGUGGUGAAGGAGCAUCAAUAGAUGCUAUGCAGGUAUUUUCUAGAGUCGGGCAUAUCGAGUUGUCUUCCCGAGAGUCAGCCCAUGUUUCAUUUGAGUCUGAUGCGAUUGGAUUACGCUCGAAGCUUUUGUCGUUCGGCACUAUUCGUACUUCUUCAAGACACGAUCACCCUAAUCAAUCAAUACCAGGAGAAAGUCUUCCAAUGGAAAUAGAAGAGUAUGAUGAUGCCUUGAUGGCCCAUAAGUCGGUUUUGCGCAUGAGGUCUAAUCCAUCGACUUCGAGUAAUAUGAGCAGGCAGCAGGUUGAGUCGGUGAGAAAAUGGUUGAAGAAGAUACCAUCAGGUCCAGGUGCCCUUGACGCAGAUGUGUCGUCUAUCAUGGCUGAGUUCGACGUGAUUAAGAACUCUUCUACACCAGAAGCUGAAGUUGAGAGCACAGAUUCGGCAUCUUCUUUCGAUAUCAUCGCUCCUAAAGACAGUGGCGCUCCAGAAACUCCUGCAGAAAAUGUGUUGAGCGCUGAAUUUCUAAAUACGCUCCAGCAACCGUUAUCAUCGUGGCUUAUGCGUAUCAUGCCCAAUGAGAAGGUGGAGAGAAAUGCAAGUGCAAUUGAUGUUGUGGAAGAGCCUGUGCGAUCAAUGAAGCGUCCUCAUAGCUGUGGUGAUAUCAGAAGGUUAUUUUUCAUUUUUAUAGUACUUGCUGAACGUUCCAAAACCUCAAGCACAAGGAGUUGCUGA